GGCACACGCUAGCGAUUAGGCCUGGAACCUUGGGAGUGUCUGCACACAGGCUUCUGUCUCACGCUGGAGAGGUACAUAACACUACUUCGAUUAAUUGGUGCGCAUUAACCUGAUCGUCUCGUUUCGUUCCGUUCCGUCUUGUUCAAGAUCCUUCAAACCCCUGCCGUUUCGAGACUUGCGAAACAGCAUGGGGGCCGAUCAUAGCCGUCCUGAUUUAUUGGACGAUGACUACGAGGAAGCAGUGUCGCCUCGGCCAGCUGCAGCCUCCCCGUCAGCGGCGGCGGCUGCCCCAAGUUCCAGUAAGAAGGCUCCAGCGACGCGGCUUUGGCGAUCCAGUGAGGGCGGUCAGUACAAGCUAGUGGACAAGUCGAUUGGUUGGAAGUUCACCCAAAAUCCGCCGCAGAGGAAGCGCGACGACGACGACGACGACGAUGACGACGACGACGACGAUUACAAGCCCGAAGGCGAGGAGGAAGAGGAGGAGGACGAGGGACACUGGUACUUGGUCGUGGCGGGAAGGAUCUGCGUGCGGGUGGGCGACGGGCUGAACAUCCGGUUCAACGACCAGCAGCGGCGCGUGGACUUCAUUGACGCCAAGAGCGUGUGGGCCAUCAAGUUCGCAAGCGACGACGAGUAUGGUGACUUCUGCCGGCAGUACGACGCGUGUCUCUUCGAAAACACCCACGGCGUGUCGUACACCGACGCGAACGCGGCCAAGGUGCUGGGGAAGGAGUUUGUGGGGUGGGCCAAGGGCGAGGACGCGGAGGGAGCGAUGUGGGAGGAUGCGUCUGACGAGCUGCCGGACGGAGAAGGCGGGUCAUCGCCGUCGUCGCGCAAAGAGUCUUCCAUCACGGAAAGCUACGAGGAGACGCCCAAAGGCAAGAAGCCGUUGGGGUUCUCCAUGGGCGCGCUGGAGAACAGCUACCUGAUCCACGACGGCGGCAUCGACGUGUACAAGAACCGCGAGGACGGCGUGCACCACGUGGACGGGCUGAGCAUCGCGCUGGAGAAGCUGAGCAUGGCGGACAGCGCCACGCCCGCCAAGGCCGCCAAGGGCCUGCUGCUGGGCCGCGAAGCCACCAUGCUGCUCAUGACCCCCAGCGCGGCCAACGCUGCGGCCAGCCCUGCACAUGCGGCUGGGCUGCGGCAGCUGGACAUAGAGGCGCAGAAGGUGGUGGCGGAGUGGAAGUUCGAGAAGGACGGCACUGAGAUCUCCAUGCUGGACGUCACCGCCGACAGCAAGGCCGCACAGCUGCAGGCGGGCGUCUCCACGUUUCUGGGGCUCGACAACAACCGCCUGUGCCGCUGGGACAUGCGCGACAGGGCGGGGCGAGUGCAGACGCUGGCCACCACCCUGGCAUCGCCAGCCGCGCUCACUUGGUCCGAUGGGCACCAAUUUGCGCGGGGCACCAACUUCCAGUGCUUUGCCACGACGGGCGAGGGGUGCGUGGCGGUCGGCUCGCGGGAUGGCAAGAUCCGCCUCUACUCCACAACCACCAUGCGCCAGGCGAAGACAACCUUCCAGGGCCUUGGGGGCGCCAUCACGCACAUUGAUGUGACGUACGACGGGCGGUGGGUGAUCGCCACCACGGACAAGAAGCUCAUUCUCAUCUGCACGGGGUUCCGGGACAAGGAGGGCAAGGAGCGCUCAGCAUUCGUUGCCAGGGCCGGUGGCAACCUUGCUGCCGCAAGGCUGCUAAAGCUUACCCCAGAGCAUGCACAGAUGGUUGGGAACUUCAAAUUCCAAAACGCCCGCUUCUCAUGGGUGACUGAGAGCGACCGGCAGGAGAAGCACAUUGUGGCAACAGUUGACAAGUACACUGUCAUCUGGUCCUUCCGCCGGGUCAAGCAGCUCGAGCACGAGUGCUACACGCGCCAGGUUGGCCGCCUCAAGGAGUGCACGUGCUACCGUGUGGCCCCUCGUAGCGAGUCAGUGAUUGAUUCCAAGUUCAUGCAUGAUAACUACUCAGGGCCGUCUCUUCCAGAGGCUCCUCUGGUGGUUGCCACGCCACACCAGGUGGCUUCGCUGCGCUUCUAGAUUCAGGGGCAAGGAGGGGCACUGAACGAGGUUGGAGCAGCAGCAUGUUGGUGGGCAGCAGAGACACCAUCAGCUGGUACUCUCUUGGAGAUUUACAUAGGCAUUGUAUGUGAGAUGGGGCAGAGGAAAGGUGAGAGAGGAAGGACCAAAGCAUGGGGAAGUGGAGUGAGGAGAGGAGAGGGGGCUGGGGAGGGGGGGGGAAAGAGUUUGGGGGGGGGAGCAGUGAAACGAAUAGAGUGAGAUGCACGCGAGAGCGGGAGAGUGAGAAAGAGGAUGGGGCAGACCAAGGAGGGCUAUGGGUAGUGAAAGAUUGCCAUAUCGCAGCUGCUUGCAAAGUAGAUUUUGGGUAUUUACUACCAGUAUAACAUGCAGAGAACUUUUGAAUGCAUGGGUUCAAGUACAGGUGUGGAGAUUUAGGCAAGGUCACUGCACAGGACAUGGUACCGUAUUCCCCCGGAUAUACGCGCAGGGGUGCGUUUAGGGAUUAUAGUCAAAUUUUGGGGGGUGCGUUUAUUCGAAUUUUUUCAAUAUGGCCCAGUGCG